UGUAAAUUUAGCUAAAAAAUUGUCCACAUAACUAUAUGGUUUUGACACAAGAUUUUAGGAGUCAAAAGACCAGAAAAACAUGAAAAGUUAAACAAAUAUAAGACUUUUAAUAAAGGAGUCAUAAGAAGUGUAAAAAGAAUUGGAGAUGGAGUUUCAAAUAAUGUGUGAAGACCAGAGACAGACUUAUGCUGAUAUGAGUCAGGUGGGAGAGGAGGAAGAGCCAGAAAUUCAAGGAAACGAGUUUUGAACCUAUAUUAAAGCUGUAUUUGAGAAAGAAAUUCUACAGUUUGAAGAGAGCAAAAUCACUGUUUUUGAGUGGUAUAGGAGGAGCUUGAUCUUGGCUGUUGAGAGGGAGGUGACUAUUCCUCAACCUGAUGAUCUUGAAGGACUCAGAACUUUGCUGACUAAGUAUGACAGCACCUUAUCUCCAAUACAUAUCGACUGGAAAUACACCUCAAAAGAUCCUACAGCAGCUCCUCAACUCGUAAUUAAAUUGCAAGCUUAUCUUCAUUACGCCAAGAGUUUUGAAGAGACUCAACAGGAGAAUAACCCAGACAUUCCAACUAAGUACACCCAACUCAUCCCUGAGAUAAAGCACUUAUCCAGGAAGUUCGAGUCAAUCUACAGAACAAUCUAUGAGUACUCUUUUCUGACAAGAAAUGAUUUUUUCAGCUCAUCUGAUUCCUUCUGCCAACUCAUAAAUUAA